UACAACAUAUUUUCUGGACGAGUGACAACGAUUGUUAGACUUCAUGCAAACAUGCGCUAUGCAAGCUGGAAACAAGUAUCUAAAGAGGAGAAAGAGGAGCUAAUUGACCGUGUUCGAGCUGACUUUAUAUUAGAUUGGACACAAAGUUCCCAUCGUGAGUGUGUGACAAAUGCUCUCCAUCGAAAAUACAAUGCAUUCCACUACCUUCUACGCAAGCAAUACUUGGGCUAUUCAUCACAUGAAGCCGCACUUUCUGGCGGGACAACCUGGGUGGAGAAGCCCGUUUGGGAAUACUUAUGUGGAUUGUGGUCGGGUGAACCAUUUAUGAAAAUGUCACAGAGAAAUAGCACAAAUAGGAAAAAACAGCGAAUCAACCAUACAAGUGGCCGAAAGCCUUUCGUUAGGGUUAUGGAGGAAACUAAUGAACAAGCCCCGAACUUGGUAGCUUUUUACAAAGAAGUGCAUUGGUAAAAAAAGAAAGGUGGAUUUAUCACCAACACUGCAGAACAAAAUUAUGUAAGUUUCCAAAUCGCAAGCAGUAUUUAAUUUAAAACUUCAAAAAUAUUAUAUAAUGGUGUGCAUUAUCUAUGGAUGUAGAAUCUGAUGCUUGAGCGGAUGAAUGAGACUGAGUUGGAUG